ACCGUGUCCACUUCAAGCUCGCCAUUCAUCUUGCUAUCACCAACUUCAGUACAUUCCUUCAAGACAAUAACACUCCCGCUUCUAGUUCAAGCAAUUCCUUUGCCGGUUUUCUAUAUCUCUUUUAAUAAUCAACCAUAUCUCCAUUAAUUGCAAUGGCCCCGACCAAGCCCACCGCCUCGAGCGACAAGUACUCAGUCAUUCUGCCAACAUACAAUGAGCGACGCAACCUGCCCAUCGUGACCUGGCUGCUUAACCGCACGUUCACCGAGCAAAACCUAGACUGGGAACUCGUAAUCGUCGACGACGGCUCGCCCGAUGGAACACAAGUAGUCGCCCAACAGCUCGUCAAGGCAUACGCACCCCACGUGGUGCUGAAGACGCGAUCAGGAAAGCUAGGUCUGGGCACGGCGUACGUCCACGGCCUCCAAUUCGUCACGGGCAACUUCGUCAUCAUCAUGGACGCCGACUUCAGCCACCACCCCAAGUUCAUCCCCCAGAUGAUCGCGCGCCAGAAGGAGGCCAACUACGACAUCGUCACCGGCACGCGGUACGCCGGCGACGGCGGCGUCUACGGCUGGGACCUGAAGCGCAAGUUCGUCAGCCGCGGCGCCAACCUCUUCGCCGACACCGUCCUGCGCCCCGGCGUCAGCGAUCUCACCGGCUCCUUCCGCCUGUACAAGAAGUCGGUCCUGCAGAAGGUCAUCGAGAGCACCGAGAGCAAGGGAUAUACCUUCCAGAUGGAGAUGAUGGUGCGCGCCAAGGCCAUGGGCUGCACCGUUGCCGAGGUGCCUAUCAGCUUCGUUGACCGUCUGUACGGCGAAUCGAAGCUCGGUGGCGAUGAGAUUGUCGAGUAUGCGAAGGGCGUGUUGGGCUUAUGGUUGAAGGUAUAAAGGGAAUGAGGAUUGUUCAAUACGAAUGCUUUACGUCGUCGGAAUUUGUAUGCAAAGGGAAACGAGAACAGAGAUCGACAUUAGCGCGAUCCGGCGUUACGGGUGGUCUUGUCAUGCGCAUGUAUCGCUCUAUGGAG